AUGAAUACCCGUUGGCCAGAAAUUGGAAGCACAGUAGAGCUUAUGAGGGCUCAAGACGCAGAUCUGGCACUCGCUCAAGAGCUCAUGCGCGAGCGUGCGAGACUGGAGCAAGAGUUCGUUGAUGGGCUACGCGCAUUAGUCGAAAAGCACAAGCUACAGCCUGAGGAAGAAAACAUAGAGUAUUCACAGGUGAUCAUCGCUGCAUUCGAACAAGAAAUCGAGGCUCGCUCGGAUCUGAAUCCGAAGAUACCUGAGUACACGUCGUUAGAAACUACGCCAGACUUGCCUGGACCCGCAAAGGCGCUUCUUGAUGCCCACACGACACAUGAAGACAAAUAUACAAAGCUGUUGGCUUCAACGGAUGAACUAAAAGAGUGGGUAAUGCGAAAGCCGCAAGAGCCUUGGGAGGUGCGAAUGCCAUUAUCGGCCAGACAUCAAGAACUCGAAUACCGCCUGAGCGUACACAAUCAGCGCACAUGUGCGAGGAACCUUCAGGAGUGGUACGAAACCAAACUACAGGCAUCCGCUGAUGGAAUCACACCAUUCGGCUCUGGAGAACACGAAAACAACUAUGAUCAACACAAUAAACGCAAUCAUCGAUUGUGCAUCGACGUUUUACUUCCGUUACGGCAUCGCGCAUUGAUCCAAGAGAAGAUGGAUCUAGAAGCAGCCAGCCGGGCUCUCGUUCCAGUGGACUACUACAACUCGUUCUUCAAUGUGGGGAAACCCUCGCCUUUGCACUUUGGUAUCAGUGUUCUUCCCCUCAAUUUUUCUACACAGAUUAUUCAGUUCAUUUCUAGGGUCCCGGCAGUGUCACUGCUAGAGGCCGAGCAGACAAAUGAACUUGGACGCAUGGAUUCCGACUAUAUCACUCUGUUUGAACUCGCGCAAUACGGUCCAUUGCUUCCCCUAAACUCACAAGAGUUUGAACGAGUAAAGUUUUCCAAAAGCAUAUCUCGGCGUAGUUUGGUUGCUCUUAUGGCGCCGGAUAAAUUGGUCUGGGAACCUUUCGGAUCAGUUGCGCGCAAAGGAUUGAUCAAGAUGGCCAUCGGCAACGUUCUCCCAGAGUGGCUCACAUUUCGAAAGAAUUCGGAUUUCAUUGUGGAUGCCAUGGGUCGGAAAUGGGACUUUGAAACAGACAAGCCAAUGCCCAAUUAA